AUGCCGGCAGCUGAGGGCCAUCAAGAAUACAUCCAAAAGAAAAUCAAUCCUAUUCUCGAGAAUCUCGUCACCCAGUUGCUGUUGGAGCGUCCUGAAGACCCUGUGCCCUUCAUGAUACAAUGGUUAUCUGAUUAUGUACUCACGUCGAUCUCUCCCUCGUCGAGGAUUGCCUCUCCUCGUGUUAUAACUCAGUCCCAUACUCCUGCUCCUGCUGGUAUACAGGGUGCUGCAGAGUCGUCCUCAGCAGAAGUCACUAGAUUACAGUCUGAAGUCGAUUCCCUUCGAGCGUACGGCAACGGAGGUGCCAAUGGUGGCUUCACGUUAUUCGAUAGGUAUGUGAAGCAGCUCGAGAGCAAGCAAGCUGAAUUGGAGGCGGCUGCAUCCAAGUCGUUGCCAUGCGCCCCUUCUACUACUACUAAGGGUGAGGAGGACUCCGCAGAUGAGGAUAGCUCCGACGAAGACGAUGAAGAGGAUGUUGUCGAUGAGCUACCACCAGUGCCUGCUAACUACCAUCGUAGAGGCCCUAGAGCGAGUGUGAGUGCUGAGGCAUACGGUGACUGGAACAAGAAGCGGACUGAUUUCGUGGCACCAGUCCAUCCGAAGAGUGAGGAGCAGGCGGCUCGUAUAAGGUCCGUUCUCAGUCAGAGUUUCCUGUUCAUGUCUGUUGAUGAGAAGAGUUUAGAUGUAGUCAUUGGUGCUAUGGUAGAGAAGGUCAUCGAACCCAACCAACGUGUAAUCAACCAGGGUGAUGAUGGGGACGUCCUAUAUGUGGUGGAGUCGGGUGAGUUGGACUGUUAUAAGAAGCUUCCCGGAGAAGAGGAGGAGAAGUUAGUUAAGACCUGUACCGAAGGUGACACCUUUGGAGAGCUCGCCUUGCUCUACAAUACCCCGCGGGCAGCAAGUGUUCAGGCUAGAGGACGAUGCGUGGUGUGGCAGCUCGACAGGGAGACCUUCAAUCACAUUGUCAAGGAAGCUGCCGCAAGUAAAAGAGAGAAGUAUGAGACCUUCCUCAAGAGUGUCCCUCUGCUGGAGAGUAUGGACAGUUACGAGAGGUCCAAGGUUGCUGAUGCUCUUCGAACUGAGUGUUUCAAGGCAGGAGAAUGUAUUGUCCGACAGGGCGAUGUGGGAGAUAAAUUUUAUAUGCUGGAAGAAGGGGAAUGUACUGUAUAUAAGGUAUAUGUUCAAGGCCAGGAGCCUAAGGAGGUUAUGCAUAUUAGAGCUGGGGACUACUUUGGCGAGUUGGCCUUACUCAGCAAUGACCCUCGAGCUGCUACAGUGAAGGCUAAGACGGACUGCCAAGUUCUCUCUCUGGAUCGCAGGAGUUUCAAGAGGCUCCUUGGUCCACUUGAAGACAUUCUUAAGCGUAACACGGCUCGUUACGAGUAG